CAGUCUCUCUCAUCCACAGUAGCAGCAGGGUCACACUAGAAACUUCAGUUGCUAGGACUUCUCAUGUGAAGUCUGAACUUCCAUUUUCCCUCCCCCUGUCUUUUCUCUUUCUUUUCAAGAAAUAUUCUCGUAGACAUUGUGUUGGUCAGCUCUGGGAAGGCUCUUUCCUGAGAAGGCUAGCUCUUGGCUGUGAUACUAUAUUGCAGUCAUGGCGCCUAAGAAGAAGAAUGUCAAAAAGACCAAGGCAGAUAUCAACGAGUUGACCAUCAUUGUGGACGAUGGGCCACUGAGCAAGCUAAAUGGUUUGAAUGGCCUUUUGGAAGGAGGGAAUGGCUUCAGCUGUGUUUCAUCUGAGGUUUCUGAUGCUUUCUAUAGUCCCAAUCUUUUAGAAGGACUGUGCAGAAUGAGGCUGGAAAACUUUCUCUGUGAUCUAGUCAUUGGUACCAAAACUAAGUCCUUUGACGUCCACAAAGUGGUGAUGGCUUCAUGUAGUGAUUACUUUCACAACAUCUUAAAGAAAGAUCCAUCUACUCAAAGAGUGGACCUCAAUGACAUAUCUCCACUGGGCCUAGCUACUGUUAUUGCAUAUGCCUACACUGGGAAGCUCACUCUCUCACUGUACACUAUAGGUAGCAUCAUCUCCACAGCCAUUUAUCUUCAGAUCCAUACCCUUGUGAAGAUGUGCAGUGAUUUUUUGAUGCAAGAAAUCAGUGUGGAGAAUUGUAUGUAUGUUGCCAACAUUGCAGAGACAUAUGGACUAAAGACUACCAAGGAAGCAGCACAGAAAUUCAUUAGAGACAACUUCAUUGAGUUUUCUGAAUCGGAUCAGUUCUUAAAGCUUACUUUUGAUCAGAUCAAUGAACUUCUUGCAGAUGAUGACUUGCAGUUGCCUUCUGAACUUGUUGCAUUCCAGAUUGCAAUCAGAUGGCUGGAAUUUGACCAAAAAAGAGCAAAAUAUGCUUCUGAUUUGUUGAGCAACAUUCGGUUUGGUACCAUCUCUGCUCAAGACCUGGUGAACUAUGUUCAGACUGUACCAAGAAUGAUGCAAGAUACAGAUUGCCAUAGACUUCUAGUGGAUGCCAUGAAUUACCACUUACUUCCCUAUCACCAGAAUACAUUGCAGUCUAGAAGAACAAGGAUUCGUGGAGGUUUACGAGUCCUGGUUACAGUUGGGGGACGUCCAGCUUUAACAGAGAAAUCUCUGAGCAGAGAAAUUUUAUACAGAAAUCCUGACAAUGGAUGGAAGAGGCUUACUGAGAUGCCAGCUAAAAGCUUCAACCAGUGUGUCACUGUGAUGGAUGGAUUCCUCUACGUGGCAGGUGGAGAAGACCAGAAUGAUGCCAGAAAUCAGGCUAAGCAUGCAGUCAGCAAUUUCUGCAGGUAUGAUCCUCGCUUCAACACAUGGGUUCACCUGGCCAAUAUGAAUCAAAAGCGCACCCAUUUCAGUCUGAAUGUGUUCAAUGGCCUCCUUUUCGCUAUUGGUGGCCGUAACUCUGAAGGGUGUCUCUCUUCAGUUGAAUGUUAUGUUCCUGCAAUUAAUCAAUGGCAAACAAAGGCCUCACUGGAGGUGGCUAGGUGCUGUCAUGCUAGUGCAGUAAUAGAUGGUAGGAUCUUAGUCACCGGAGGUUACAUCAAUAACGCUUACUCCCGCUCUGUUUGCAUGUACGACCCUGCUAGUGACAGCUGGCAAGACAAGUCCAGCCUGAGCACCCCGAGAGGAUGGCACUGUGCCAUUUCCCUUGGGGAAAAGGUCUAUGUCAUGGGUGGGUCCCAACUGGGAGGCCGAGGUGAAAGAAUCGAUGUGCUCCCCGUUGAGUGUUACAGUCCUUACCCUGGCCAGUGGAAUUAUGCUGCUCCUCUUCCAACUGGUGUGAGCACUGCUGGUGCUUCCACCCUUAAUGGGAAAAUUUACUUAGUAGGAGGCUGGAACGAGAUAGAAAAGAAAUACAAGAAAUGCAUUCAGUGCUACAACCCUGAUCUUAAUGAAUGGACCGACGAAGAUGAGUUACCUGAAGCCACUGUAGGAGUGUCGUGCUGCACCAUUGCCAUGCCCAACACUAAGACCGGGGAAUCCAGGGCUAGCUCAGUAUCUUCAGUGCCAGUCAGUAUUUAAGUAUUUCAAAAUGUAGGUUUAGAAGAGCUAGAUUCAACUUUUUUUGUAAUGUUUACACAGCUGUGUUGUCAUCCCUUUAAAGAGCCUUACAUGCCUAUAGGAAGGGAUUGGGGGGAAGUGGAAACAUUUGCAUGCCAAGUCAUUUCAGUUUUGCAAAAUUGGCCAAUUUUCAUGCCAUGGAACAUGCAUGGUAUGACCUAAGGAAUUUAAAAUAUAAUGAAUUUGAAAAGUAAUGAAUUUGCUAAGUCAACACAAAGCCAGAGGCCUCUGACUAGUCCUCAGGCCCUUAAACCUUAUUUAGAAAGACACCUAGCUUCUUCCAAGAUCUAUUCUCCAGGUUACACAGCUUAUUUGGACGAAGUUCUUGAGAUCUUGACAGGCAAAUAUAAGAGGGCAGGCAAAUAUAUCAGACAUAUAUUUGAUAAAUAUAGUGCUAGCAUGCCACAUAAAUCUAAAAUACAAUUAUUCUAAAACUAUUUAAAAAAAUUAAAGCAUUUGUAACCCGCUUAAUAAUUAAACAUCUCUAAGGGAUAAUUUUUGCAAUGCUCAGGGCUGUGGCAAACAUUUCAUAAAUCAGAGUGCCCAAAACAGACUGCAUACUUGCAUUUUCACUAAAUUUCCUUCCUUCAACUAUUUUUCAUGCAUGUGUGAGACAGCACAACUAUGGAAGUUCAUAGUUCCAACUCUGGCCUUUCCAGACAUUGGCCAGUUUUCUCCAAUUUGGAGUGAUAUAAAAGGUAACAUCAUUCUCACAUUAAAAAUGCUGUUAUUGGUUAUUAAAGACAGUCAUUAUUUGGGGUUGCAAGUGACUUUUCUAUAAUAAGCUUUUGUGAACAUGUCUCACGUUAAAUAUUUAAGGGAGCUUUAAAAAUGUAUUUCCCAACACUCAAAAAAUACCCUCUGUUAUAAAGCAAGCAUUUUUCUCUGCAUGCACAAACCCACACACCGAGUGUACUGCCUCUGUCAUACCCUCUGGAGAUCCAUAUAAACUCUCCAGAUAUUUGUUAAGCUCUCCUUGAGCUCUCCUUUUCCAAAGUUAUGUCUUACUGGCGUAGACUUAUCAGUUGGCACAGUUGACUCUGUGUGCACAGUCCACUGUUGCACAGGUAUAUUUCUCUUGGCUGCUUCAUUAUAGAUGAAGAGUUUAAAUUAAGUACAGACAGUGCACAUCCUUAAUCGAUAACUCAUGAAGCAGCGUUCAGCAGAAUAAUACUCCUGAACUUUUACUGCUUCCAGAAUAGAGUCAUACAUCAAAGCAGCCAGCGGCGUCACUAGCAGGAGUGCGGGGGGGGGGGUGCGGACCUCCGGCACGUGCCCUCCCAGGUGCAUGGAUGGGGGUGGCUGGUCUUGCGUGCGCGUGUGCACACACACACACACACUCACCACGCGCUCCAGGCUGGUGGUGGAAGGCCCAUCCCGGCUUCACCGCCAGCGAGCGGGCGCCUGCUGUUGGUCUCGCCUGCCCGCCUCCGAGAAGGAGUUGGCUGUGCCGACCUGGAGCACUUCUCGGCUCCUUUGCCGGCCAACGGUGUGGGGCGGGGCGGCUCUGGGUGUCACCCCCUCAGGGUGUCACCUGGGUGCGGUCCACACCCUCUGCACCCCGGUAGUGACGCCCCUGAAAGCAGCAGUUGCAAUAUGCAUGUACCUGUGAAAAAUCAAAGGAACUGCAGCUAAUCUUUUUGUAACUAUAUUUUGGACCAUAUUUGGUUUAGUUUUAAGCUGAACCCCUUUUCUUGUUGGUUUUGAACUAUGGGCUCCUUCUGGGAGGGAGGGCAGGAUAUAAAUCAAAUAAAUAAUAAGUAAAUAAAUUUCACUUGGACCCAGCCUUUCAGGGUUUGGAGUAGAUACAGAAAGUGGUUCACAUUUUCAAAUGCAGCAUACCAAAGAGUAGUAGUAUACAUUUAUUUAAUACAGCCUUACCCAACCUUUGGGUCCCCAAAUGUUAUUGGAGUACAACUCCCAUCAGCUCCAGCCAGCAUGGCCAGUGGUCAGGAAUGGUGGGAAUUGUAGUCCAACAACUUAUGGGGACCCAAAGGUUGGAACAGACUAUUUUAAUACAGAAGAAAGCAAGGAUUGAUCCAGGAGUACAAAGCUUAGCUUUCCAUAGGCCUGAUGCAUUAAGCGAAUCGCCCUGUAAUUGGUUCCACACCAGUCUAUGCAGCUGACAGGGAUCCACAGAAGAGUGUGCAGCGUGCAUUCAGUGGUGCUAUUUUCAAGCAGAAGAACAGGGUCCCACUCAGCAGGAUGAGCAAGAGGGCCCCCAAAUGCAGCAGGGCUGGUCCACCACAUUUUGAAACAAUUUACAUUGCCAUCUAAAGAGGGGAACCCUAUUAAUUAAUACCAGAGUCUAGUGUUAGCUUACUGCACCACUGUUGCAUUGUUAGACUCCUUUAGUGAACAGACACCAUCCCUGAGAGGAUUAUAACUGACUUUCAAUCAUGUGUGCAUGCAUUCUCUUACACUGUGAAGCUCCUUUUCCCAAAUUGGGGUUCUCAAGGUGUUUUGGACUACAACUCCCGUCAACCACAGCCAGCUGUGUUGUAGACAAACAUAUCUAAAGGAAACCAAGCUUAGGAAGGCCUCUGUAUAGUAUGGAGGAGAGGGGGAGUUGCCAAAUAAAACUGUUUGUUGCCGAACAAAACUUCACUGUAAAGGAAACCACAUCCCAUUGAGUUAAUGGCAAAGCUCCCAUUGAUGAAAGGGCUCUGGAUUGUGCUCCAAGAGGUUAAUCCUAUGCAUGCCUAUUCAAAAGUAAGCUCCACUGAGCUUAAUGGAAUUUACUACUAAGAAAGCGUGCACAAGUUUGCAGCCUAAGUCUGCAUUUAAAUUCAUCUUGACCAUACCAUGCAGCAAACUGAAAAAAAAAACUGGGAAAAAUGAUUGCAGCAGUUUUCUUAACAUUUCUUAAUUAGAUCCAUGGUUUGUAUAUUACUUUUUAAAAAAACAACAUUGCCCUUCAUAUGGUAUUCUAAAAUAUUACCUUUAUGACUCAUAGUAAUAGGUAAUCUGAAAUUGGAAACAUUCUUAAGGUAGUUUAAGUUGUGUUUAGGUUAGAAUGAGAAAAAACUUUGGGGAUCCAACACCUUAAUGUUAAUUUAAUAAAGCAUUACCACUUGAAUUGCUUAUAUUCUGUAGCAUGGAAAAAUAGCCAGGUUUCACUAGAUGAGUCUGAAAAGCUUUUUUUUUAUUUAUAUACUUGAACAGCCCUGUCAUACUUCAGUAAUGUAAAAAUAGAAAUAAUAUGUUUCUUCACAAUCUGCAAGAAAAAUGACCCAAA